ACUCUAUUCCAGUUUUUCAUUGAUCGAGUUCGAACCAACCUGCACAUAGUGCUCUGCAUGAGUCCUGUAGGUGAGCCUUUCCGCAACCGAAUCCGCAUGUUCCCCAGCUUCGUCAACUGCAGCACUAUUGACUGGUUUAGUGAAUGGCCAAAUGAUGCACUCUUGGAAGUAGCUGAAAAGUAUUUAGCUGAUGUGGUUUUGUUCCUCGGAGAUGAGGAGGUAAGUAUGAUGGCCCAUGCUAUAGUUGCUGAAUUGAUCUGUCUUCGCUUUUGUAUCUCUCAAUUAACUGAUCUGUUUUAUCCAAUGUGUUUAUAUGACAUAGGAGAAGUUUUUUUAAUUGUAUCUUCAAUUACAAUUUAG